ACGGCAGUCAGUUCAUACCAACAUGGAAGGAGUCAAGGUCUUCAUUCCAGAUAAAGAGCACGUGUGGCUUCCUGCCUCCGUGAAGAGCAUCGAAGGGUCCCUGGUUACAGUCAAGAUCGAGGAUAUCGAGACAGGCGUGGCGGUGCCGAACAUGUCCAUGGGUGCAUCCCUUGUGGGCAAAGUUGUGUCUGUGGACCUGUCAAAGCCCGAUAUCGUCAAUGUUAUCCAAGCACGAACGGUCAAAUCCUCGACGACAAACACGACGAUCAGCUUGCCCCUACAGAACAAGGUGACGUCCAAAACGCACGGGUUCGAAGACAUGAUAUCCGUCGACCACUUGCACGAAGGCGCGAUCUUGUACAACCUUCGCCAACGCUUCUUCAGCCACCUUCCAUACACAUACACGGGCAAGAUCUGCAUUGCUGUGAACCCGUACCAAUGGCUCAGUCUGUACAGCCCCGACACGAUGCAGAUGUACAUGGACGGUUCCAGAGAAAACAAGGCGCCUCACGUGUACGCUGUCUCGAUGGAGUCGUUUUUUCACAUGCGGACGCACACAAUUAACCAGUCGAUUCUCGUGAGCGGCGAGUCGGGCGCCGGCAAGACCGAGACGACCAAAAUCAUGAUGAACCACGUCGCAACGUUGUCUUCUUCCACGGAAGGUUCAGAUGCGGCGCAAUCGUCCAUCAUCCACCGCAUCAUCCAAUCGAAUCCGCUACUCGAAUCAUUUGGGAACGCCGCCACGACGCGCAACGACAACUCGUCUCGCUUUGGCAAGUUCACGGAGCUACAGUUCAACCCUCGAGGCCACCUCAUGGGCGCACGUGCGCACACGUACCUGCUCGAGAAGAGUCGCGUGUGCCACCAAGCUCCAGGCGAGCGAACGUUUCACAUUUUCUACCAAGUGCUCGCCGAAGCCGCAGCAUUACCGCAAUUGCACCUUAAGUCGUCGCAUCAAUACCGCUACGUCCAACAGGACAAACUGAUCGAGUUGGAACACACGUGGAGCGACACGAAGGAGGGACUGACAAUCGUUGGCAUUGCCGACUCGAUGCAACUCGACUUGUUGCGGGUGCUCGCUGCCAUCUUACAUUUGGGCGAGUCAGAUUUCGAGAUGGUCCAAGGAGACGUCGACUCCUCCCAGGUCAAAGACAAGACUGCGCUGACGACCGCUGCAGACCUUUUGGGCCUUCCGUUCACCAAUUUGGAGAAGGUACUCACGUUCCGCAGCGUCAUCGUUGGUCGCGAAGUUAUUUCGAAACCCAUGACAGUCGACCAAGCCCGCGACUGCCGCGACGCUGUCGCCAAAUCCCUAUACUCGUCCAUGUUUACGUGGCUCGUGGACCAAAUCAACGCCGCGAUUGGGGUCUCCCACUUCUCGCACUUCAUCGGGAUCCUCGACAUCUUUGGGUUUGAAGCUUUCGAGCACAACUCGUUCGAGCAGCUAUGUAUCAAUUACGCCAACGAAAAACUCCAGCAAAAGUUUGUGCAAGACGUGCUUAAGACGGUUCAGGCCGAGUACGAAGAGGAGGGAAUUUCGUGGCACCAUGUCAACUUUGCCGAUAACCAGGACGUGUUGGACCUGAUUGAAGGUCGUCUCGGCGUGCUCAGUCUGCUCAAUGAAGAGAGCAGUCUCGCCACCGGUACGGACGCAUCCUUCGCCCACAAGUUGUCAGCGGUCAUGGCCAACCACGCGCGCUUCGAAACUCCACGCCUGCACUCGUCCGCGUUUAUCAUUUUGCACUACGCGGGCAAAGUGCUGUAUGACACGAACGGUUUUCUCGACAAGCAUCGUGAUGCCCUUUUGCCCGACAUCAAGAAAGUCCUUGGGGAAAGUUCAGUGGAUCUCGUACGGACCAUGUUCCCCACCGAGACGACCCAUCGAUCGCUCCAUCGCCAGUCGUCAUCGUUGACUGCGAAUCACCACUCGAAGCACCGGCCAGGAGUUGCCGCGACUCGUGCUGUCACAGUUGGCAGUCAAUUUAAGGAAUCUCUCGCCCGCCUCAUGGACAAAAUUUCCCACACGAACGUGCAUUACGUGCGCUGUAUCAAACCCAAUUCGGUCAAGUCGCCGAAUGUGUUUCAUCAUGAGUCGAUCGUGGACCAGCUUCGAUGCGCGGGUGUAAUCGAAGCCAUUCGCGUCAGUCGAUCAGCGUACCCGAGCCGUCUACCCCACGUCGACUGCAUAAAACGGUAUGCAAUUUUGGCGCCUCCUGCGCUCGCGAGUCGGUUGUUGGCAGAAAUCGACUUUGUCGCUGAACCCAAGGCCCAAUGCGGCGACCUCAUGGCCCACUUGUUUCCGAAUGGCCACGUCGUGGAUUACCAAGUUGGGCUUAGUCGAGUAUACUUUCGAGAGAGUAUUUUGGACGAUCUUGACAAACGCCGCGGCUUUGCCCUGCGACGGUUUGCCAUUCGCAUCCAAACCCGAGUCAAGAUGUUCCUGGCCCGAAAGCACUUCCUCAACCAACGCAAGGCCAUCAUACUCGUCCAAACGCGCGUGCGGGGAUUCGUCCAGCGGUCCAAGUACCGUCGAGUGCUCCGUGGGGUCGUAAAACUUCAGGCGCUCGUACGCGGCCGCGGUGCUCGCAAGGUGGUCCACCAACUGCGCCGCGUCCUUGCUGCCACGCGGUUUCAAUCGGUGGUGCGUAUGCACCGCCAACGAAAGCAAUAUUUGCGCACGAAUGCGUCGAUCUCGAUCAUCCAAUCGUUCUGGCGGAACACGUACAUUCGCCGCAAGUUACUGAAGCGAAUGGCACAGGAGAAGCAACAAAGGGCUUUAGGGUCCAAGGUGCUGCAUCUGCAGACUCAAUUGGGUGGUGGGUCGUCGACUCACCAGGCUAGCGCGUUGGGCAGCCACAGCGGCCACCCGUCGAGUCCACCACAAAGUGCGACGAAUCGCGCAAGUAUCACGACCCGUCUUUUCGACGAAUCGUCGCAGGUACUAGGCACACUCGUAGCUGAAAACGAAGCGUUGCGGGAGCGUGUGGCGCGACAGGAGAGCGAAAUCAAUGCGUUGAAAGAAGAAAACAGAAAAAUGAAGGAAGCACUCCAAGCCAAGGAAGUCGAAGACAAGGUCAAAAACCUGUCCCAAAAGUCACAGGAAGCGUCUCAAGUCGCGUACUUGUCGCUUCUGGAGGAAGAGUAUGAGAAGCUACGUGGAUUUGUCUGUCACUUGUUCGACCUCCCGGCAGACGUCGGACUCGUGCGCGCGCAGUCGUCUCAAAAAGAAUUGACCGCUCCAAACGACAGUACAAUGAAACCAACCAAUGGCACAGGUGCUGCACCGCCGAUGGCUGACAUGACCGCCGCCAAACACGACGCGUACACGCUGCUCCAUCGCAGCGCUACCCGCAUCCAGCGAUUGAGGUCGAAAGAAGGCACCAACCCCAAACGUGGCAGCGCUCGUCGGGUCAAGGAUUACUGGGAUGAAAUCAAAACAACGGCCCCACCGUUGCCGUACACGCUCGGGUCGACCCCAUGGAAGCGCUUACUUACGGACUGGGCACAAGGCAAUCCAAAGAAACUCGAGUACAUGAAUCGAUGGCUGCAAAACGUGCUUGAAGGCGGCGAUGUCGAACAUGGUGGUUUCCCGCUUGGUGUGGAGCUCAAGUCCGUAACUCCCAUGAUGUUGGAAGGGUUCAUUCAGCUCGUGAUCCCCAAGUUGGCCGAGCGGCAGGAUGUAAAAGUGCACGUUCACACAAAGGAAUUUAUCGGGACGAGUAUGCGCAUUACGUUGGAGGUCAAGGAAGGCGUGCCGAAGAUGACGCGGAUGCCGUUGAAGGAGCAUACAGUCCCCCAAGCCGCGAAACCUCGCGAGUCCACUGCGGGGUUGGACCAGUGGGGCCGUAACUCGAUUAUGUCAGUGCGCGAAACGAACAUCAGCAACUUCAGCUUUGCUAGCAAUGCCAGUACGGCCGAUAGUCGCGCAAGUGGUGUCAAGAGUCCAUCGCCGCACCCGAGUCGAACCUAAUCGAGUUCUUUUUGUUCCAUGCGGCCGUUCGUCGAGGGUUGCUUCUGCUACAUGUCCAAUUUUCAGAGCAUCGUGCGAUCCCUCUACACGCAUGAGGACG